AUGAGGUACAACUCAAAAAUAUAUUUGAUGAAUAUCUACUUAAGCGAAGAUGGCUUACGGCAUUACAAUAUUUACGAUAUAAAAGACUCCACUACGCGGACAAGAAACCAACAACUACACAGACGAGGAGCAGAAGAUCAACAACAAGACAACACGGACGAGGCGCGGAAGAUCAACACGAAGACGACUCGGACGAGGAGCGGAAGACCAACACGAAGACGACUCGGACGAGGAGCGGAAGACCAACACGAAGACGACACGGACGAGGAGCGGAAGACCAACACGAAGACGACACGGACGAGGAGCGGAAGACCAAAAAGAAGACGACACGGACGAGGAGCGGAAGACCAACACGAAGACGACACGGACGAGAAGCGGAAGACCAACACGAAGACGACACGGACGAGGAGCGGAAGACCAACACGAAGACGACACGGACGAGGAGCGGAAGACCAACACGAAGACGACACGGACGAGGAGCGGAAGACCAACACGAAGACGACACGGACGAGGAGCGGAAGACCAACACGAAGACUACACGGACGAGGAGCGGAAGACCAACACGAAGACGACACGGACGAGGAGCGGAAGACCAACACGAAGACGACACGGACGAGGAGCGGAAGACCAACACGAAGACAACACGGACGAGGAGCGGAAGACGACACGGACGAGGAGCAGAAGACGACACGGACGAGGAGCAGAAGACGACACGGACGAGGAGCAGAUCAGCGUGAACAACAGAAAACAAAAGAGGGACAGGUCGCGACGACCACAAAUAUGAUCAAAGUAAAGCAGUUUGUACAAGAACCAAAGAAAACACGUAGACAUCACGGACGAGGCGCGGAAGAUCAACAUGAAGACGACACUGACGAGGCGCGGAAGAUCAACACGAAGACGACACGGACGAGGAGCAGAUCAGCACGUGAACAACAAAAAACAAAAGAGGAACAGGUUGCGACGACCACAAAUAUGAUCAGAGUAAAGCAGUUUGUACAAGAACCAAAGAAAACACGUAGACAUCACGGAGGAGGCGCGGAAGAUCAACAUGAAGACAUCGACACCGACGAGACGCGGAAGAUCGACACGGACGAGACGCGGAAGAUAAACCUUCCGAACCUUUUUCCAUGGAGACCAUUUAAUUUCUUAAGAUAA